AUGGGCACCGUCGGCACGCUAUGCUCUGGCAGCGACUGCAUCAUGGUCUUCUUCGAGAACCUGGCCGAGUUUGCCAAGUCCCAGUACGGCGUGGGGCUACCAGUUAAGCAGCGCUUCGCCUGCGAGAGUGACGACGACAAGAUGAGCUUCAUACUUCAGUUUCAUUCCCCCGAAUUCGUUUUCGGAAAUACAUGUGGCAUGGCCGAGCAGUACAGCAAGGACCUCAAGGCGGGGAGCAUCGUAGUCACGCCAGGCGCAGAUAUCGCCAAGGAGUUCGUCGGCUGCGUGGCGGACAAGACGGGCAAGACUGGCGAGAGCUUUUCAGAAGGGUACGAGCACGUGAAGAAGUACAAGCCGAAGAUGGUUUUCCUGGAGAACGUUGCCCCACUGAUGGAGACGCCGAAAGGCGGCGGCCAGAGCGACGCUGCGUACAUCGCGACGCAGAUGAUGGAGGCGGGGUAUGUCGGGAAGUGGUUCGAGGUCCAGGCCGCAGGCUACGGAAGUUUCGCUUGCCGCAAACGUUUAUACUACGUGGGUUUCUUGGAUGGCCCAGAUUGGGGCAAGCAAGCCUCGGAGUUCCGCUUGAGGCAGAUGGGCGAGAUGCUGACGUUAAUGAAGGUAUCUGAGGGAUGCGUCGAACCGAGCGACUUCCUCUUGAGCGACGCUGACCUCGCAGCGCGGCCGGCAGCCGCCGAGCGCGGGGUCUUUCGCCCCGGCCAGGCGGCGGAGAAGCCGCAGAAGGGCGCCAAGGCCUCCAGCAAGCCCGAGAAGAUUCCUGCGUCCUUUGACUUGCACAACGAGUACUACAAGGAGAAGUUCAUCAGCUGGCCGCCGGUGAAGUGCACGUGCUUCGACGGUAUCUUCGACCACUUGACCGAUCGCGAGUGCCAGCUCUUGUAUUUCAUCAGCAACGUCUUCCAGAACAGCAGCGACUCCGAGGGGUCCAGGAUCGCUUUCGCGGACCUCAAUUUGUCCAUGAAGUUCAUGUGCCCAAAGGACAAGACCGGGGAGAUUCGCAACAGCCCAUGGAAGCCAUGCCCUUCGACGUUCGUUGGAUCCAUGAAGGUCGUCAUGCGGUAUUUGCCUGAAGGCAUCGAGAUCGACGACUCGCCGUGCGCCGCGCCCGCGUGGGAGCAGUGGAAGUACCGCCUACUCACUGGCGUCGAGUACAUGGCUAUUGUAGGUUGGUGCUACAAGCGCUGGGGCGAGAAGCCGCCGGACAGCGCGCUCCUGACCGACCUGGCCGGCAACGCCUUCUCGCUGUUCGCCGCGGGCCCGAUCGUCAUCUCGGCUUUCGCGGCGUCGGUCAUGCCCCCCCCGCCCGUGAUCGACGCCGACGCCGCGUCCGCCGCCGAGGGGCUCGCCGCGGUGAUCGACGAUUCGCUCGCCGAUUAG